ACCCUCCGCGGGCCGGGGCCGCGCCGCCGGGAGUCCGGGACGUCACUUCCGGCGUGGCUGGGCAUGGUCUGUUGGGAGUUGGCCGUGGCGGCGGAAGCCCAAGGCCGGCCCGCCGGCCGCGGGGGGAGCCCGGGUAGUGUCCGCCGCCCCAACGCUCGACGCCCCUGGACGUCAUGGCUUCCCCGCUGAAGCUGGAGCAGGACGUGCGGGGGAAAGUGGAUUCGUUUCGGGCCCGCAUCGCGCAGGAGGCCGAGGAUCUGGUGUCCACCUUCUUCCCUCAGAAGCUGUCGGAGCUGGAUAGUCGGGUCCAGGAGCUGCGCCUGCAAGACCUGUCCAGAAUCCGUUCGGUGCCGGCCCCGGAGCCCCCCGACACCGCGGGGGACGGGCCCAACCGGGACCCGCCGCCUCCGCAGACCCAGCCCUCGGUCAAAGUGCCGGCACUGCCGGGCGGCGAGGGACAGCUGCUGCGGAGCAACCAGCAUCUGGUGGAGCUGAUCGAGCGGGUGAAACCCGAGAUCGAGCUGCUGAGGGAGAAAUGCAACACGGUGCGCAUGUGGGUGCAGCUGCUCAUCCCGAAGGUGGAGGACGGCAACAACUUCGGAGUGUCCAUCCAGGAGGACACCGUGGACCAGCUGUGGACCGUGGAGAGCACGGCAGCCUCCUAUCUGCGCCGCUUCUCCACCUACUACAACACCAGGGCCAAGCUGGUGUCCAAGAUCGUGAAGUACCCCCAGGUGGAAGAUUAUCGCCGCACGGUGGCCGAGGUGGACGAAAACGAGUACCUGAGCGUGCGCCAGAUCCUGCUGCACGUGCGGAACCAGUACGCCACCCUGCAUGAUGUGAUCCUCAAAAACAUCGAGAAGAUCAAGACCCCUCGGAGCACCAACACUGACAACCUCUACUGAGGACCUGCCCCCACCCCUCUUUCCUUCGGGAGGUGGCCGAGCUGUUCGGGCAGCCGAAGGGGGUUAGAAAUGACACUGUAGGUGAUGGACCGACUGGAAACGUGCCCGACCGUUCAGUGACGGUUUCGUACAGCUUAUCCUCCCACUGAGUACUUCCGGUGUAGUUUUUAUUUGCUUUUUCUUUCGCUGAGAGGAUGGGGACAAGCCAUCUGGUAGAAGGUGGUAGGGUUGGCCAAGGAAAAGGACUGCCAUUUUUAGAAACAGCUUUUAAAAGCAGCUUCGUAGACGAAUGUGGGCCAGGGUUUCUCUUUUAUGGCAUUGCUGGCAUUGAAUGGUUUGAGGGGUUACUCCAGGAAAAAAAUGUUUAAAAGAAAGCUAAAUGAAGCUUUUCCUGAGGUUCUGCUAUGUGUUACUUUGUUCAAACCUCAGAAAUGCUCCUUUCGUCACCAUCGUCUGUUUUUUUUUUUUUUUUUUUUUUUGCAAGGAAAGGAGUUUACGGAGAUGUGUCGAGGUCACCGUACGUCUCCCGUUUGGCAGAUUGAAAUAAAACUUGGUUUUAACA